AUGCAGAUUACCCUGAUCUUCUUCCAUCUGAACCAGUCGAUGCCCUUCGCCGACAAGGUUGACCACCAGGGCGAGUACUACCGCCUGACCCUGUGGGAGCAGCUUGACGAUGGCGCCCAGUUCUCGCCCACCCGCAAGUUCCUGACCGCGGUGCCGGUGCUCAUCUUCCUGCUCAGCAUCCACAUGACCAACUACGAUGCCUUUUCCUUUGCCCUGAACUUCAUCUCCCUGCUGGUGGUCCUGGUGCCCAAGUUCCCCGCCAUGCAUGGACAACGCAUCCUUGGCAUCAACAAGCGCUAA